AUGUCUCCCCAAGUGAAUGGCGAUAGCCACGCGUCCUCUGCGACUAUCUCGCACAUCAGGGGCUACCCCGUUGUCAAUGAUGUUGUCUCGUACUAUCAGAAGAACCCGUACGGCAAGAAGUCCCUAGAGCUUGGUGACUCGGCCUACCAAAUCUUUGCCAGACCUCUCGUGCUCUACCUGGAGAGACCCUACGAGCUCUACCUGUCGGCCUACGUCCAGAAGGCAGACCGCUUCGGCGCUGGCGCUCUCGUCAAGAUUGACGAGAAGAUUCCCAUCAUCAAGGAGUCCACCGAGAGCAUCCAGGCCAAGAGCAAACAGGCCGCAUUUUACCCCAUCGUCAAGACCAAGGAGACGGCAGACCACCUCUUUGGCGUCUACAACUCCGAGGUCAAAAAGGUUGGCGGUCACGGCGUCGUUACCACCGGCAAGGCCCUGCUCUCCACUGGCAUCGUCCUGACGACCGAGGCCCUCGAGUGGGUCAACGAGGUCCUGCGCAGUGGCAAGGAGAAGGCCGAGAAGGUCAGCAACGACAUUAAGCAGUAA